GUGGAACAGUACCUCUCGACUUACGAGCCGCACGCCUUCGUGGUCACCUACAGUGUGAUUGAGCGCCGCAGUUUCCAGAGGGCGGAGGAGGUCCUACAGCUACUAUGGCGGCUCGACGUCAUGACAAACAGAGGCGUCAUCCUCGUAGCAAAAAAAACAGAUAUCGUGAGGUCCCGUUGCGUCACGCCAAAAGAGGGAUCGAACCUGGCGGACUCAUACGACUGCAAAUACAUCGAGACCUCGAGUGGCUUCAACCAUCAAGUGGACGAACUCCUCGUUGGAAUCCUCAAGCAAAUUCGGCUGAAAACCCACAGUACCGAAGCCACGUCGAGGAAACGUAGCACGCGGAAGAAGAAGUACCGAGGAACGAAGACUUCGGCGAGCCUUAAGGUGAAGAGCUUUUUGACGAAGGUGUGCGGGAAGGAACCCAAAAGCAAGUCUUGUGAGAACCUGCACGUGCUCUAAUCUGGCACGCGGGCUGCCGGGCUUGUCUACAGUCACAAAAGCCGCCCGAAGAAGAUUCAGUCAUCUUCCUUACCUUGCCAGUAGCCUUUGCAGUGCUCGGAAAAACUGAGUCAG